AUGGUAAUGGAAGAAGAGAAGGAAACGAUUGAAACACAACUCUUAUUUGAUAUGGUCAUGAUGGUGUUUUCCUCCGGUAAAGAGAGAACAAAAAAAGAAUGGGCCAAGUUGUUUUCCUCUGCUGGUUUCAGUGACUACAAAAUAACUCCAGUCUUAGGGCUUAAGUCUGUCAUUGAGAUUUAUCCAUGA